GACGCACCGGGACCGGCCCAACCGCUCCACUGCCGACCUGGACGAAUCCUUCUCUUUAAAAAUGGCAUUGAACACAUUGUUAGCGACGUGUUUGUGCACACUGGUCCUUCCCAUGCUGUUGUUUCUGGCGGCGGUGAAACUGUGGUCCAUCUACCAGAUCCGCGGCAGAGACCCGAGCUGCCGCAGCCCGCUGCCGCCCGGGUCCAUGGGCCUGCCCUUCAUCGGCGAGACGCUGCAGCUCGUCCUCCAGAGGAGGCGGUUCCUGCGGAUGAAGCGGCAGAAGUACGGCUUCAUCUACCGGACGCACCUCUUCGGUAGCCCCACCGUGCGCGUGACGGGGGCGGACAACGUGCGGCACAUUCUGCUCGGCGAGCACAAGCUGGUGACGGCGCAGUGGCCCGCGUCCGUGCGCACGAUUCUGGGCUCGGACACGCUCUCCAACCUGCACGGCGCCCAGCAUAAGACCAAGAGGAAGGCCAUCAUGCAAGCGUUCUCCUGGGACGCUCUGCAGCACUACAUUCCCGUCAUCCAGGAAGAGGUCCGGGGGGCCAUGAGGGAGUGGCUUGAGAGGGACACGUGCGUAAUGGUCUACCCUGAGAUGAAACGCCUGAUGUUCCGCAUAGCCAUGCGGAUUUUGCUGGGGUUUGCCCCGGAGCAGAUAAGGACAGACGAGCAGCAGCUGGUGGAGGCCUUCGAGGAAAUGAUCAAGAAUCUGUUCUCGCUGCCCAUUGACGUGCCCUUCAGCGGGCUGUACAGGGGUCUGAAGGCGAGGAACUUCAUCCACUCAAAGAUAGAGGAGAACAUCCGGAAGAAGGUGCAAGAAUGUGACAGGGAGGUGAAACACAGAGAUGCGCUGCAGCAGCUCAUAGACAGCAGCAAGAAGAACGGAGAGGCCUUCAGCAUGCAGGCCAUUAAGGAGUCUGCUACAGAGCUGCUGUUUGGAGGCCAUGAGACCACAGCCAGCACAGCAACCUCUCUGAUCAUGUUCCUGGGACUGAACCCGGAAGUAGUGGACAGACUGAGGCAGGAACUGAUGGAAAAGCAAGAACAGGGUGUAGACCUUCAGAGUCUGAAUAUUGAGUCCUUGGAGCAGUUGAAGUAUGCUGGCUGUGUCAUUAAAGAGACUCUGAGGCUCAACCCUCCAGUCCCCGGUGGAUUCAGAGUGGCCGUCAAGACCUUCGAACUUAAUGGCUUCCAGAUUCCCAAAGGGUGGAACGUCAUCUACAGUAUCUGUGACACUCAUGAGGUGGCUGAGGUCUUCCCCAACAAGGAAGAAUUCCAGCCGGAGCGCUUCAUGUCCAAACUCUCCAAACACUCCUCCUCCAGGUUCCAGUACAUCCCGUUUGGCGGGGGUUCUAGGAUGUGCGUGGGGAAAGAGUUUGCAAAAGUCCUGUUGAAGAUUUUCCUGGUGGAGGUGGCUCGACACAGUAACUGGACUCUUCUAAAUGGACCCCCCACCAUGAAAACGGGACCUACAGUCUAUCCCGUAGACAAUCUGCCAACUAAGUUCACAAGCUACGUCCACAAGUGAAGCCUUGUUCUUUACAACAGACGAGGGGUUGCCCUCUGAAAGUGCAGCUGAAAGUUUUGUAGUAGAAAUGUGUGUUGCUGUUAAGUUUUUAUUUUUCUAUUGUGGGUUGGAAGAUGAUUACCUUGGUGUUGGGCAGCACUAAGGUAUGACUAAGAAAAGCAGAGCCUCAAACUGGUCAAGGUGUUAUUGUUGGCACGGAAUGAACCGUACAUAGUGUAACGUGCAUGGAUGAGUAGUCGAACCCUUUAGACGACUGGUUAACGUUGUCGCUUGCGGUGUGGGAGCCGCGGGUUCGCGUCCCGGAUGUGGCGUCCCGACCGGCUCUCCGAAUCCGCUUCAACAUCAGCUGUAGAUGACCCAACUAAAACAUGUAUAUUACAUUUUAUAUUUAAUUUUAAUACACCAAAUUUGUAUCUAUUCUUUUUUUAUUACGAGGAAACACAACAAAACGAGAGGCACUACACAUCGACGUGGAAAACCGUACCACUACAGCGUAACACUACAUUUACAGAAGGAUUUACUUUGUUCAUGCGGCGUUUAUAUCUCACCCAGCUUAU